GCAACGCGGUGGAAAAAACGGGCCUCUGGGUAUCUCGCUGCCGGUUGGCUGGCGACCCCCCAGCGGAGGGACCGGGCCGAGCCCGCGGACCCCUCCGAGUGUCUCCUGGGGCCCAGCCGUUGGGACCCCAUUUCCCCCGGGUCCGGUAUUUGGGGUGGUCUCUGUCUGCCCCGGUUCAUCUCCACCGUCUCGCCUCCACCCCAUCUUGGGAAGUGAAACUUUUUGAAAGUUUAAAGCGAAUUUACUGUAGGGGCUUGGAAGAAAGAGAGCAUCCAUGUAGGAGGCAAAGACCAAGACAGACAAGGAAAGGCAGAACCAACUUGCUUCCAGAUUGCUUACAGCUGGGGAGACAAUAACACCAUGAAGACGGCAGAUAACCCAUGAUGAAGUGCUAAGUUGUUUGCUAUGGUAGUAGCUGGAAUUCAGAGGGGAGAGACUUAGGGCUACCAGAUCCAAGAUAGGUUCUGUGAACAAGCUCUCACGUGUGAAUAUGUAUCUAGUGCAUCCUUAACCUAAGGACUUCACCAGUUCAAAAUUAGUUUUCACCAUCAACUACCUUAUCCUUUUUGGUCUGGUUUUCUUCCUCAAACAGUGGAAACAUUUUUAAAGUUGCUUUUGUUGCAGAGUUAAACAAAUGGCUGAUAGUGGCUUAGAUAAAAAAUCCACAAAAUGCCCCGACUGUUCAUCUGCUUCUCAGAAAGAUGUACUUUGUAUAUGUUCCAGCAAAACAAGGGUUCCUCCAGUUUUGGUGGUGGAAAUGUCACAGACGUCAAGCAUCGGUAGUGCAGAAUCUUUAAUUUCACUGGAGAGAAAAAAAGAAAAAAAUAUCAACAGAGAUAUAACCUCUGGAAAAGAUUUGCCCUCAAGAACCUCAAAUGUAGAAAGAAAAGCAUCUCAACAACAAUGGGGUCGGGGCAACUUUACAGAAGGAAAAGUUCCUCACAUAAGGAUUGAGAGUGGAGCUGCUAUUGAGGAUAUCUAUACCUUUGGAAGAAUAUUGGGAAAAGGGAGCUUUGGAAUGGUCAUUGAAGCGACAGACAAGGAGACAGAAAUGAAGUGGGCAAUUAAAAAAGUGAACAAAGAAAAGGCUGGAAGCUCUGCUGUGAAGUUACUUGAACGAGAGGUGAACAUUCUGAAAAGUGUAAAACAUGAACACAUCAUACAUCUGGAACAAGUAUUUGAAACGCCAAAGAAAAUGUACCUUGUGAUGGAGCUUUGUGAGGAUGGAGAACUCAAAGAAAUUCUGGAUAGGAAAGGGCAUUUCUCAGAGAAUGAGACAAGGUGGAUCAUUCAAAGUCUCGCAUCAGCUAUAGCAUAUCUUCACAAUAAUGAUAUUGUACAUAGAGAUCUGAAACUGGAAAAUAUAAUGGUUAAAAGCAGCCUUAUUGAUGAUAACAAUGAAAUAAACUUAAACAUAAAGGUGACUGAUUUUGGCUUAGCGGUGAAGAAGCAAAGUAGGAGUGAAGCCAUGCUGCAGGCCACAUGUGGGACUCCUAUCUAUAUGGCUCCUGAAGUUAUCAAUGCCCACGACUAUAGCCAGCAGUGUGACAUUUGGAGCAUAGGCGUCAUAAUGUACAUGUUAUUAUGUGGAGAACCACCCUUUUUGGCAAGCUCAGAAGAGAAGCUUUUUGAGUUAAUAAGAAAAGGAGAACUACAUUUUGAAAAUCCAGUCUGGAAUUCCAUAAGUGACUGUGCUAAAAGUGUUUUGAAACAACUCAUGAAAGUAGACCCUGCUCACAGAAUCACAGCUAAGGAACUGCUAGAUAACCAGUGGUUAACAGGCAAUAAACUUUCUUCGGUGAGACCAGCCAAUGUAUUAGAGAUGAUGAAGGAAUGGAAAAAUAACCCAGAAAGUGAUGAGGAAAACACAACAGAAGAGAAGAAUAAUCCGUCCACUAAAGAAAAGUUGAAAAGUUACCAACCCUGGGGAAACGUCCGUGAUUCCAGUUACACUUCAGAUGAAGAGGAGGAAAAACAGUCUACUGCUUAUGAAAAGCAAUUUCCUGUGACCAGUAAGGACAACUUUGACAUGUGCAAUUCAAGUUUCACAUCUAGCAAACUCCUUCCAGCUGAAAUCAAGGGAGAAAUGGAGAAAACCCCUGUGACUCCAAGCCAAGGAAAAACAACCAAGUACCCUGCUAAAUCCAGGGCCCUGUCCAGAACCAAAAAGAAACUCUAAGGUUCCCUCCAGUGCUGGACUGUACAAAAACAAAGCUGCUCUUGUUAGCACUUUGAUGAGGGGGGUAGGAGGGAAGAGGACAGCCCUAUGCUGAGCUUGUAGCCUUUUAGCUCUGCAGAGCCUCGCCAUGUGUUUGCACCAGCUUAAAAUUGGAGCUACUUAUCUCCAAAGCAGCAUAAGCUGCACGUGGCAUUAAAGGACAGCCACUAGUAGGCUUGGCAGUGGGCUGCAGCAGAAAUCAACUCAAGAUGUACACGAAGGUAUUUUAGGGGGGCAGGUACCCACAAUUCAAGACUGUGGGCACACUUGCUCAUUUUUACUUCAAAUUCUUAUGUUUAGGCACAGCUAUUUAUAGGGGAAAACAAGAGGCCAAAUAUGGUAAUGGAGGUUCCAAAUAAUUAUGUGCACUUUGCACUGGAAGACUUUGUCAGAAAAUUACUAAUAAACUUGCCAUAGGUAUUACAGCAGAAGUGCUUCAGUCAUUCACAUGUGUUCGUGAGAUUUUAGGUUGCUAUAGAUUAAGACAGCUUAUUUUAAACGUAGAAAAAUAGGAGAUUUUGUAACUGCUUGCCAUUAACUUGCUGCUAAAUUCCCAAUGUAUUGAUUAAAUCAAUAAAAAACAGAUGUUACUCAGCACAUUAA